AUGUCUACCGAGCACCAACUCCGUGUACACUUCUUCUCGAUUUUCUUCACGUUUGCUCUCAUUUACCAAGAAAUUGAAGGUAUGAACGAUAGCGAAAUUGAUGUUUUUAUGUUAAGUGAAGAACUGUUUUAUACAUACAUGCUUGUAAAAUUUUGAUUUAGUGCUGAAGAACUGUAAGUUACUAGAAGGGUUUGAUUUCACGAAGGAAGAAGCAUUGUUCACAAGUAGUUACUUUUUAAUUAACCCAGUAUCUUUAUGGACAAAAUAUAUUGCCACAAUAGUGGCACAGUAGCACUUACUAGUUUGUUCUGAUUUCCACCACAGGACUCAGCUUCAAAGCAGGAAAAUUCAAUGUGACCACAACUUUGAGUCUGUUUGCCUGUAAGAAUGUUUCUUUUGAGGAGCCUUUUCACGGUGGACAAGAAAUUAAAAUCUUCAUUUCUAAAAGCCAUGCAACGGAAGGUUCUACUCGAGCUCGUGAAAAUGGCGCAGCAAUUUGGGCGGAAUCUGUGAAUAACAAGGCAUUUACUGUCUGUGUUUUGGAGUACGGAGAUGGCUCAAGUGGCGCUUUGCAAGUGAACUCGAUGGCGCUGCAAUCUGUACCUGCUGGCGCUCAACUAGGCACAUCUUCUUUAAACGCCUGGACUACUGGAACAAAGUGUAAAAGAAUCGCUUUUGAAAAGGUUCGAUUAGUUCAGAGUGUUUGACAACGUUGUUGUUGUUGCUAUGCAGGUGGUGUGACGUCUUUUCUUACUAUUUCCUGUUAUGUCAUAUUUCUUGAAGAGAUGAAAAGUUUGAUUGAUAGACUGGGAUAAACUCAACAAAAUAAUGUCAUUUUUAUCAGUUACCGUGACGUCAUUAAUGUGGCGGCCAUAUUGGCUGCCAUCUUGAAUUUUGUUUAAAAUUCGUUUUUUGCUAAAAUUUGUCUUAAUGACAUUAAAUUUGAAAAUUAAGUUUGAUUAGUAUGCUAUAAUCAAAUAUUUUUCUUUUUUUGGAACUAUGCUAUGUGCAAUUUUUUUAUAAAGAAAGUAACGCGCAUUUUUCUUAGAAGUGGCUAGCCUUAUGCUUUUUAUGACGUCAUAUCUUGCUACCAUAGCAACCUUCCAUGACCAAAUUUGAAAGGAAUUUGCCCUAGGCAUAAAAUGAGCAGUUGCUAAAAAGAAAAGGCCUUGGCUGAAAAUCCGUUUUUGAAAAUAUUGGGCAAAACCUGUGCGCUUCUACCAAUUCAAUUGAUGUUAAAUUUCAAGUUCUAAAUCUUCAAUCUCUUUCUUGUUCUUAAUUUGUUUUGACAGAGAAGAACAAAUUAAGAACAAGAAGGAGAUUAGAAUGAAGAAAAAGAAAUAGAGGAGAAAAGAUAGGGCUUUAAAGGAGCAGAAAGCCGAGUAAACUGAAGCAGCUCAAGAAGAAAAUAUAUAGAAAAUUAGAUCAAGAAAAUAAAACAACUUUUGAGAAACAAGUGGGGCAAGUAAAUAUAUUACUUAAAGUAACAGACUAAUAAAAAGAUGAGAAAUAAAUCAAGAGUUGAAGAAACUGAAAAAAAGAGCAGUGAACUUAUAGUUUAUGUCCGAGUUAAAUAAACUUGAAGGUAGAUUUAUUAACAAAGGAUGCUGGGAAAUAAAGAAGGAAGUAAUAGAAGGGUUUAAAAAGUAAAACAAAAAACAAAAAAACACUGAAACAAAUUUUGGUUUGGUUUUCUUGAUUGUUUUGUUGGUUUUUUUAUGUCUGUUUUCAUGAUUUUCGUAUCUUGUUUCUUUCUGACUACUAAAAAUGGCCAAAGAAAAAUGAUUACAAAAACAUUCAACUUUCAUUUGUAAAAUCCUAAGAAAUAUUUGAUUAAUCUAUACAAGUUUAUCAUAAAAAAGUUCCUUUGAAAUAGUGACACUUCAGUGCUUCGUCCACAAAUUUAAGAGUCAGAGUAUGAAAAUAUCACGCCAUAAUGUGGUCUAGGAAUAAAGGGGUUAAUUGUUUUUUUAAGUACUUAUUUCAUUUAACACUCAGCAACAGUGCUGGUUUCCAUGGUAGAACUUAUAGCUUCUCUCCUUUUUUAUUUUUUUUCCCUUGAAAAUAUUUUAUGGUUAAUAUCAUUUGUUCAUAUUUUUCCUCUUUCAGCGUUUCCAGGCUCUUCCAAAUAUCUUCGUCACUGUUCGUCACCAGGUUCUUGAAAGACCUCAAGACGCUUUGGCCCUGUGGGUAGAUGACUUGCGCAAGGACAGUUUUAAACUCUGCGCCAGAGAAAUUAAGAGUUUUGAUGGAAUUCACAAAGAUAUCAAAGUCGUAAGUAAUAAUCCAGAUAAUUGCUUUCUUCGAAAACUAAUUGUUUUGUUAGUAGUGGUGUCUUUUGGAAAUAAGUAGAAAUGCGCGAACUCGUGACCACAGAAUAAAUGUUAUGCUCUGUUAUGUUGGUAUUUUCAUUAACACUAAUAUAGAUUGUUUUUCGCACAAAACAGUAGGCAAACUCUACAAUAGCUUAUUCAAAAUUGCCACGGCUCAGUAUCGUCAUACCUUGUAACCGUAGCAAAUUUUUGCAACAAAAUUUGUAAAAAUGUGCCUGAGGAGGAAAUGAACGUUUAAUGAAAACGUUGAUACUCGAUGAUUUUUCUCUCUCAUCAAUCCCCCACUCUCCUUCUUGUGCAUUUGAGAGCAAAGCAAAAAUUAAAUAAGUGGCGGUGUUGUGUACCCUGGCUUUGCUUUCUUCUUGGUUUGAAAGCGUAAUGACAGUAAGAACAAGUGUUACAUUUAUAGGCUCAAAAAUUCUCGCUUCAUAUCUUUACCUCUUCCCUGCAGGAUUGGAUGGCUUUUACCAAAUUGAACACUGACAAUUUCACCUUGACUGAUAGUCUCGUGUUUACAAACAGCAACUCACCAACAAACAAACAGGACAACAACGCUAUUUGCCAGGUAGUGCCAUUUGACUCGUGUUUUAAGGCUUGCCUCAACCAAUUUGUGGGCUUUAAUUUCAAGUAGAAAGAUUUUUCUCAUCUUCACUUGGUUAGCAGUUUUCUAUUCACGCUUGAUUCUAUUUGAUUCGGUUUUUCAUUGUCUGUCUAAGUCACGUGACUAGCAUUGGCCUUCUAACCGUCAAAAUGUUUCACCGAAAAUGGGGAAUACUUAGUCAAACUGUAUUCUCCUUAUUUUAUCGUUUUUUUCUAUGGCUUCUAGCCAAAGCGUUAAUAGAGUGCCAGCUUUUAAUUAUGCCCAUGCAUGUUUUGUCGGAAAAACGGCAAUUAAGAGUCAGGUCACGUGACUUAACCAACAUACUAGAAACUGAUAAGGUAUAGAAUGAAUACCGUCUUAAAAGGCAGAAUCGUGUUAACAACCAUCUUGAGACCAUUUUGACGUCUAAAAUUUUCGAAUGUUUGAUAUGUAAAUCUAUCCAAUUUAAAGAAACACGUUUUGUGAAGUCAUCAGGAGCGGAAAAUUACGUGACGCUAUAUAACACUUCUGUACGAUCAAAUAAGUCAUUAAAAAUUAAAAUUAAAUUAAAACUCUACUGGGGGUCCUCUUUAUUUAACAAAUCCCAGCCUCGAUGCACUCAAGUAUGGCGUUCAGCAUUGAACACUGCUGUUUUCUUCUUUCCUCUACUUGUUUCUGUUAUUCCAAUUAUAGCACACUAGAUAAUAUCUAUGAAUGUAUUGUAUCCUUUCGAAAGAAAAAGCUCCAUUUCCCACCUGUAAUUAGUUGGUAGGAGGAAUGAGAAAAUGGAUGUUGAGGUAGUUUUUCUUGGAAAGUGACUACCUAUUUCUUAUGCUUUUUUUUUGUUCUUGGUUUCAGAAAGUCAAAUUCCAGGAUACUUUUUAUGCCCCUCCGGUUGUAGUGGUGUCUCCAAGACUUGGUUACAAUAACAACAAAUCACGUUUAUCAGGAUCCGCACCAUGUAACUUAGUUACUGCCUGGGUUGAGGUCAGAAACAUAUAGUCUGCCUAUUCUUCCUGUGGUUCUAAUAGCGAGAAUUUCAAAGUAAAGAAAUGUUAUUGAUAUCGUUGUCCUUAUACUCACGUUAAAAACUUAGAUUUUUCCAACGACGUGUAGCGGGGUUUGUAAAGCGAAUGAGGGCUAUUUAACUGGUUUCUCAUUUUUAUGUAAUUAUGGCAAAUAGCCUUCCUAAAUGAUGGUACACUAAGCUAUUUUUACGAAUAAUAAAACCAGGCUUUCCGCAAAGGAAACACUCAUAAGAACUUUUGAGCAGACUUGUGCGUUGGAAACUGAUCUUUUUUAUAGUUUUGUAUUCGUUUUGUUCUUUAAAACAAAGUUGUAAGAUCUAACAGGUUCUUAACAAUUCAGUAUACGCGAUUUCUUACUCUUCUUGCACUAACCCUUAGUUUUAACCAUCAAUAAAUCAAAAGACAGUUGAAAUUUGAAAAAAAAUAUUGUAUGACUUUUUUUUGUUUUACUGACAUACAAUGAACAGGUUUACUCUAGUACAACAAAAUGCUAUAUUUUGUGAAAUGUGAACUUAAAGUAUUUCUUUCGCUAUCUUGGAAUAUGCUUAGAAUACAUCUACAAACGAAACAGAAAUGUGUAUGAGAAGCUACAACAAUGACGCCAACGAUAAGGAUAUCAUAAAGGUCGAUUAUAUGGUAAUUGGAGGUACGUAAGAAAUUACGUAACGUAAAAUGAGGGAACUGCAAUGACUUUUAUCUGUAGACAAUCACAGUGCUCUCCUGACAAUUAUACAUAAUAGUGACUAACUGUACAACACAAAAAUGUAUAUGUUUUUAUCAAAUUUUAUCCUAAAUUAAACUUCUUUUCCUUUGUUUCAAAUCAUUCAGAUUAUACAUUACCAGGCCUCAAAACAAAAGAAAGUGAGAUUAAAAGCUAGGUUAAAAUUCAGCAAUAUACGACAUAUAUGGAAGGGCUCAUGUGCUUUAGGCUGUGGUCACAUUAUACCGGAUAACGAAAAGCUAUCCGGUACAGUGAGAACACCUACAUGUAUCCAACAUGUGACCCUACACUUUAGAGAUCGGCGCGGCACAGCCUCUCUUUGUCACAGAAAUCACGCCGCCACAACCGUUUUUUUUGUGUGAACAGAAGCCCAACCAAUAUGGUUUCUUGGCGGCGAAAAAUCUAUCCGGUAUGGUGUGAUCAUAGCCUUAACUUUUAUCCACUUCCCUGAUAACUCAAAAUUCCAGGCUGUUUUAUCUAUUGACGAAAUCGAAAUGAAUGAAUCUGAAAUGAUGCCCUCUGAUUCCAUCACUUGUAUGUUUGUCUUUUAGACUUGGAUCCUUGUAUAGAUGUAACAUGUCAUUAUCACAGUCUGUGUAAGGCUUUUGGACCUAAUGAUGCAAGCUGUGUGUGUAUUGACCGCUGCCCAACUUACAAAGAACCCGUAUGUUCAUCCAAUGGCACAACAUACGACAACAAAUGUCUGUUUGAACAGGAAGUUUGUCUCAAUCGACUAAACUUUACCGUACAACAUCCUGGCAGUUGUGAAGGUCAGCAGUUUUGUUGCCUCUUUGUGGUGGUCAACGUGCACCUUUUCACCGAAUCCUGUUAACCUUGUUGGACUGAUAGUAAAAUUUUGCUUUACUUUAUUUCCGUUUACUUUGCCAUUCUUUUUGGGGAAAAGUUGUUGCGUCAACAAGGGAUUUAAUUUUGUUACUUUAAGCCUAUAACUUGUCUUUGCAACUCCUUUUUAGGAUUUCCUCUUCAGCGUGGUCGCCUNCCAACUUACAAAGAACCCGUAUGUUCAUCCAAUGGCACAACAUACGACAACAAAUGUCUGUUUGAACAGGAAGUUUGUCUCAAUCGACUAAACUUUACCGUACAACAUCCUGGCAGUUGUGAAGGUCAGCAGUUUUGUUGCCUCUUUGUGGUGGUCAACGUGCACCUUUUCACCGAAUCCUGUUAACCUUGUUGGACUGAUAGUAAAAUUUUGCUUUACUUUAUUUCCGUUUACUUUGCCAUUCUUUUUGGGGAAAAGUUGUUGCGUCAACAAGGGAUUUAAUUUUGUUACUUUAAGCCUAUAACUUGUCUUUGCAACUCCUUUUUAGGAUUUCCUCUUCAGCGUGGUCGCCUUCACAUGGCCCAUAUUCCAUCUCUGGGUUACUCUCACUGUCAAGUAAUUCCUUUCGAGCCUUUUGUGUUUUAUCCUGACAAAUCCAUUGAAGUGCAGAUAACUGUCAAUCAUAUGGAUACCAGUGACAAAUCGUAUGUCCAUGACGCGGCGGUAUCGUGGAUUGAAAAUGUCAAUAACGACGGAUUUGCUGCCUGUGUGAUGGCAGCCGGAUAUAACGAACGAACGUCGUAUGCUAACGUGACAGUUGAUUGGAUGGCAUAUCAAGGUGCUCCAGUGGGUGGCGUGACUGGUGAACUGCGCAUGUCACAGUGGUGGACAGGGACGACUUGUGAAACUGUCAAAUUUCCCACUGUAAGUUGCCCUAAUCUAUUUCUGAUUGCCCUCUCUUUUUCAAAGCUUUUAUGGUUAUAAACAUCAUUCACAACAGUUGAACUAUUAGAAGUAUUGUCAAAUUACAGUUUAGGGUGCUUUAUAGUUGUGAAAAAAUGCUAAUCAAUAAAAUAGUAAAUGAAAUGAAAUAAAAUAUAAAGUGAUCGUUCUUUCACUAAUUAACCACAUUUACUUAUGUAAAUUCGAAGAAGUGAAACAUAACGUUCAAACUGCCGCUUUUAAUAACUUUGCUGAAUUUAUAAGGAUCACCAUUCUUUCUUUGAAUUGUUAAUAAAGUAGAUAAAUAAAGAAAUAAAAAAAUAAAGAAAUAAAGAAGAACAGAUGAUAGAACUAUUUUAUCCGAAUGACAAUUUUUCUGUGCUGUUUGCAGAGGAAAUUUUCAGUCAAACCUUCAGUCUUUGUGACGUCAAAACAUUACAAUCCAGGACUAAAACGUGACGCUGCAAGUGUAUGGAUUGAAGAUGUAACAAAAUCAUCUUGUAAAGUUUGUAUGAGAGAACUGCAGAAUUAUGCUGGAUCGCACCAAGAUAUUUUUGUGGUAAGCAUAAUGUAUCCUUAAGUGAAUGUCAAACAUGGAUCAUGCAUUGGGCUGCCACGAACAACAUCCUUAAAAAGAACAGCCCGUAGUUAUCACAGGUCGAGCAACUCUGCAAAUUCAUCUUAGAAUUAGUUAUUAAAAGGCGCAAAAUACUUUUCAAGAUUCUUCACCUUCACACCUGAGGGCCUCCCAGGGGGGGUACAUGUUCCCUUGUUCCCUAGAAAAAAUUGGAGUUUUUCCCUUGUUCCCCAAAAAUAAAUUAAGAUGCUCCCUGAAAUUCACUUUCAUCAAGUUCCCCUGUUCCCAGAAAUUCUGUUGCAUGUUCCCUUGAUCCCCAGAAAUAUUAAUUAAUGUUCCCCAGAAUUUCAAUCAUAUUUCAGUUUUCGAUGGUCAGUAUUUUCGUAAGUUUUACCUCGUUAGUCAUAGUAGAGAUAAUCCUCAGCAAAACGCCUCUUUCGUCUCCUUGAUGAAUGCCGCAUCACUGAAAACACUGAAAUAUUACUGAACUGCACUAACCAGUAAUGAAUAAUUGAAGACAUUUUUUUGGUAUCAUAGUGCUACAUUGUGUCUCGAUUUUCAGUUCCACAAAAUAUUAAAAUAAAUACUUCUCAUUUUAAAAGUGAUAUUUUCUCAUUCAUCUUAUUGGAUGGUUGUCUGAGAAAUCAGGUUAACCUGUACAGUAGUAUGAAUAAAGUCAAGAAAGUCUCACUUGGAGAUAUUUUUAUGUACGCUCAUAAGUGUAGCAUUGAAAAAUCAGAGCAUGACUUACCUAUCAUCUCCCUUUGAUGACUAAUAAUCUGUGGUAAAGCAGUCUCCCACUGUUCUUGCGUGUCAAUUUGAAAAAUUCGUCCUUUAGGCCACUCAGGUAGUUUUGGCCGAAAGUCUUUUGAAGACAGCUGAAUUUUGAACUUAACGAUUUUUAGCAUUGCACAUUUCUCCUUGAUGCCAAAUCCUUUCUGCAAGCGGCUUAAAACUGACGUAAAAUCUUUAUCUGAAACAGUCCUCAUACCGAGUUCAAAACACCAUCUUUCUGUGGGCUUUUCAUUUCCAUUGUGAUAAAUUGCACCGGUAACCGGUACAAUUACCGUUGUGUCUGAUAUAUCCGCAGAUUGAGCUUGAAUUCCUUCUGUUUCCGUUGCCAUUUAUUAAUAAAUGGUUAGCGUUUCUAGACAUGGAACACCAAAGAGAAAAUUACCAUAAAAAUGGCGGUCCACCCGACGGAGUCUCUCCCAAGGUUCCCACGCGUUCUAGACUCGUCCCCAGUCGUCACCAGUUCACUUGUGAAGAUUAGUCGCCAGGCUUAGUCGUCGGAAAUGCGUGAAAUUACAGAAACGUCGGAAAUGUCUUCAUAAACAGUUAAUGGAAAUCUCUCCAAAAGUUAGAAAAUGGUCGAAAGUCAAUGUUCCCUUGUUCCCGAAUAUCCCUCAACAGUUCCCUUGUUCCCUAAAAGUUAUUUUGAAAUAUCCCUUGUUCCCUAAAAGUAAAUGGCGAUGUUCCCUUGUUCUCUAAAACCCCUGGGAGGCCCACACGCCUCAUGCCCCUUUUUUUUUUUAUUAUUUAUCUAUGCAUGCCGGUCGAUUAACCAGAAAUAACGUGUUGUUGAUUUUAUUUUCAGAAUUGGCUGGCUUUUUCGGAUCUUCCCAACCCUCCCUUUUCAGAACAUAACUCGAUCUACUUUGCAAAUGAUAAACCUCCCAACAGCAGACAUUAUAAUGCAUUUUGCAAGGUCAGUAUCAUAGUUUGAGUUUGAAUCCAAAUCUCAGUUAAAAACCUUUUUUACUAUGGUGGUUAUCAAAUUUUACUCUCAGGCCAUUAAUGCGAAGGUGUUUAACCUGUAAAAGACUUAGCAAUGUACAAGGACGUAUUCAUGGAUAUCAUGAUACUGACAAUACCAUAGGUCACACUUUCGCUUCUCCUAUACGUCUCCUCUAUGAUGCGUUCAUUUGAGUCUCUCCAUUUGGUGUCUGUACUCAGGUACAUUAAGGCAUGGGUCCCCAAUGAUUCAGUCAAAAAGUGAUGAGGGGUGGUCUAUCUCUGAGCACUUAAGCAGUAAAAAGAUGAGACUUUGUCAGAUACAUACAUGUGUGGUUUCUGUCAAUUAGGUGAUUUUCAAUUAUGCAAAUGUUGUCACGUGACUCCACACGGCCAGAAAAAAUAAAGAGUCUUUAAACAAAAAUGGCAACACUUUUUCGUGUGUCCUCAGUUAUUUUUGCGGUUGCAUAAUGUUAAGGCCUUUUAGUAUAUCACUUCUGUGCUUGGCCUUUUUUGAAUUUUUUACUGUUUUAGAAAAUAAACGGCUUUUUCAACUAGACCCAGUCCCCCAAAGCAAUUGUAUCCCAUCUUAACGCCUUCGAUUUUAAAUGUCUAAAAAAGGCCAAGCACAGAAGUGAUUAAAAGGCCUUAACAUUAUGCAACCGGAAAAAUAACUGAGGACACACGAAAAAGUGUUGCCGUUUCAAGAACAAGCUUUUUCAACCGAUGGAGGUCACGUGACCUAAUUUGCAUAGUUUUAAAGCGCGAAAUUGACACAAACUAAAAAUGUGGGUAGCUGGCAAAGUUUUAUGUCUCUUCAUCUAAAGUUCUUAGAUAUAGACCACCCCCUCACUUUUGAAGAGAGCAAAUUAAGGCAAAUUGAGGCCCAUGCCUAAAUUUACCUGAGCAUACACAAUUUUAAGAAUUAAAUGUGAGUAUUGUGAAAGGAGGCUGAUAGAGCAAAAGCAUAAAACCCACUUUGAAUGGCAAUUUCACGUUGUCAAUGGUUUGAAGUUUAGUUGCAGCCUAUUUUUCAAAAGGCUUCUUGUGCAGAGUGAAGUGAAUUAUCUUCCAAAUAACGUUGGACUCAAAAUCUCCUUCGUCUUACUGUAUUUGUUUUACAGAUUUGAGCUUCUCAGUUUGGAAGUGUACUUUAUUUGGUGCCAGCCCAGUUUAUUCUGAACGUCGAUAUGGCAUGCUUUUCCCAAACUUUUAAUUGCAAAGUUAAGAGUAUAUCAAAAUCAUCAGGAAAACAAAAAGACCCUCUUUUUCCAAGGUGGAGAAAAGCCUAAUCAAAGCCGACAUUCUCAAAUUUCAGUUUAUUUCCUUCUUACCUGUCUGUAGUCGAGGACACUUUCAAGUAGUAUCUAUGAACAGUAAAGUUAGAUUGAGCCAUGCAGACUCUUACCAGAGGAUUAUAUAAAUACAAAAAGAACCGUUGGAUUUGGAAGUAGACGAUAUCUUGAUAACAGUUCCCCUUCAAGUUGAAAUAUUUUCUUUAUCUUUUAUAGGAGGCAGUCUUUGCCAAAAGUUAUAACACAACGCCACACGUCUUCGUUUCUGCUUCUCACUCGACAAAAGGAGGGAAUAAAAGUCCAGUUCACAACAGCAUAGCUGCCUGGGUGGAGGUUGGUAACUGGUGAUUUCAGGGUAUCAAAUAGGCCAUUUGGACAAAGAGGUCAUGUGAAAUCAUUUUUAUGGAAAUGAAAGUUAUGAUUUUGCCUUCAAAAAACGAGUAGUGGGUAAUAUGUUAAACAAAAUAAGAGUGAUUUAGUUUUUUAAACCCGUGCCAUUUUCUUAAAAUGAGUAAGUUCGUAGCUGGUCAGGUGACCAAAAUGUGAUUUUGAAAACUAUGAAUUACCUCUUUCUGAACAGAAAUUUUGCACCUAAACUUCAAGAAAAUUGCUGAAAAGAUGACGUGGUAACUUUAAAAGCACAUCUGAGCGUAACUAUCAAACGUUUAACAAGAUACAAGCAAAAAGUAGUUUUAGCCGCAAGAGUAUGCCCUCCAACAUUGUGGCUAAUACAAAUCAUACUACUUUGUUGAAAAAUCAAAGUACCACAAAAUUAAUCUCCCUUAAAUGCGUUUCCUCUCAAAUGUCGGGUGUACGAUAAUUUUUAUGCGCUCUGUCAAUUUUUGUCAUCAACAGGAUUCCAAGUCAUUGUCUAAAGGAAGCACUGGUCACGUGACCUCUUAGUGCAAGUGGCUUAAUUUCAUAUUAAAUUAUGAGUGGUAUAGUAGGGACCGAAUUAACCUUUAUUCGCGGACGAAUCUCGUUACUCUGCCGAGGAAUAUAUAGACACUGAUGACGUUAUGGCUUUUUAUCUUUAUUAAUUGAAUAGUAACGUGUAAAUAUAAUAAUAAUAAUCAUAAUCAUAACAUAUUCAACCGGCGUAAGCCUGUCAGCGAAAGCUGUUAUAAAUGGAGAGAACAAUACCAAUUUCAGCACUAAAGCAUACAGGCAACUACAACAAAUAAAGAUAAAAAUAAGUAGUUAGAGCUGUAUACUGGUGCUUGGGCACCAGUCAAAAAAGUGCCUUUCUUAGCAGAUUCUGUGCGUACUGAAGGAAUUGAAUUAUCUAAAUAUAGCUGAAAUCUCAUUAAGAUAGGUCGUGUGCCAUUUUAAGGUGGUUUAACCGGUUUUAGACUGGGGCUUUCUAGAUCUUCUUAGGGAAACAAAUGCGUUGCUUUUUGAUUGGUUGACUAAAAACUAACUAAAGUAUUUAUUAGUUGAUACAUGCUGUCAAAGUAAUAAGCACUAGCUCACCUUUGACAUCAAAUCACUGAGUACGUAUCCAGUUCUAUUUCCUGCUGCUUUCAUUGCCCAACAAUUUUUUUCAGUUUAGUUUCUCUGAUUCUUGGCGAGCAAAUCGAGCAUAUUGAUGAGUUCGAAGCCCAACUAGCUCUUUCUAAUAAUAAACCAAAUUUUCAACUUACCCCAGUUCCCCUCUUCUUCUCCACAAUUCAGUUAUCUCGCUUUACCUUCCUUCUAUCAUUUUCCUUUCACCACGAAAACCACCACCACAGCCUCCACAACCACAUUUUUAUUGUUUUCCCGAGUCCUCCUCCACCACCACCACCUUUUUAUUGUUUUCCCUCUUCCUCCACCACCACCACUGCCACCACCAAAUUUCUAUUGUUUUCCCUCCCUCACCUCCCCAUUUCUAUUGUUUUCCCUUCUCCACCACCACAAUGCACAUUUUAGUACUAAUGUUUAGUGCUUUUACAUGUACAGUAUAUUAACAGGAAACGCUUUCGGGUUUGUGUCAAAGAACUGUAUGAGGCAAAAUACGACCCACUCUUCAUAUCCUACAUAGUUUUGUCAGGUAAGAACUUUACUGCAAAAAGAACAGAUUUUUACGGUACAUCAUUCCUUAUCGUCUCUUAUUUGUGAUUCAAUGCCGUGAUUUAUACGCGCAGAUAUCUGUCCAGAUGGAUGGGAUUACUUCAAUGGAUACUGCUAUUUAACGAGCUCUGUUUGCGCACCUUGGGUGACUGCAGUGUCCAACUGUUCAAUGAUGAACUCACAUCUGGUAACAGUGCACAACCAAGAGGAAAAUGUCUACAUACAGCACCGUCACAAUGGCGAGCGAUCAUGGAUUGGCCUUAAUGACCGACGCGUUGAGGGAUCGUUUGUGUGGACAAACAAGGAAAUAAUCAGUUUUCAGUUCUGGGCUCCACAACAACCAAACAACUUGAAAAACGAAGACUGUGUUCACACCCUUGGGGUGAAAAAUGGCUACUCUUGGAACGACGUGUCAUGUGAUAACUGCUAUAACUAUACUUGUGUUAAAGGCAAGUUUUGAGUUACCAUAGAAAUACUACAAAUCCAAACCUUUAAUUUGUUACCAAUAACGAGGUUUGAAGAUCACCUCUGCAGUAGUGAGUUUUUAUGAUAAUUUUAUCGCCGUGUUGUUGAUCAGAAUUUUAUAAAGUCUGCGUUUCUAUGUAGCUCUCUCCCAGGCAGUAGUCUAAAUAUUUAGGUAAAGGUAACCCCUGUACUUAUCACUCUCAGUUACUCCAAAAAAGAAAUUCUUCAUGUGAAUGAUGAUACCGCUACCAAGUAGGAUCACGGUGAUAAAAUGGUCUUCAUUGACUUUUCUUCUCUACUACAGAAAUUGACGAAUGCAUCAGCGAUUAUCACAGGUGUGAUCCAAACGCUGCUUGUCAGAAUACCGUGGGCUCAUACAUUUGCACUUGCAAAGCUGGAUUCUAUGGAAACGGAAAAAAGUGCUUUGGUAACUAUUACAGCCCUUAUUAUGUUUUCCUGACAUAGCAUCCUUCUGGGCUGGUUUUAUAUUUAGUGUGCUAUAUUUUGUUGUAAAACUUGUCCUUGGUUUAAACUUUUAUUUCUUUUGUUUCAUACACGUUUUCAUACUUUGCUAUCCCCUAAAACAAACCCAUGGCUAAAAUUAAGGCACAACGCAUAUUAUUAGUUUUCUUAGUUAGGAUUCACUGACUACAUAUGUUGUUCAUAUUCCCUCCGUCAUAAGAUAUAGAUGAAUGCAGAAACAAAUCCCAUACCUGUGAUGUGAAUGCAGUUUGUAGCAAUACUCAAGGGUCGUUCAACUGCACCUGCAAAGCCGGAUACUCAGGAGAUGGAAAAAAAUGCAUUGGUAUACAGUAUUCCUUAUUAGCAAAAUCCAACUAGUGGUUUUAUUAUCAAUGCUGCGUUCUGAUUGGUCGAGCUACUACUGGGCUAUAUGUUAUAGCCCACUAGUAGCGAAAAGCGCCUGCUUGGAAAACCAAAACAGUGGCGGCUGAAUCGCGUUUUGCUAGAUAAAGUUGUUUUGUCUCGAUAUUUUUGGGCAAGUUUUCAAAUCAUUACUGUUUACUUAGUACUAACUGUUCUUUUCGGGUAUAAGGUAAAAAUUGUUUCCAACCUGCAGGCUAUUCAUUUAAUAAGUAUUUAAGAGGCAAUUCUACGCCAUUUAGAAAAUUCUUCAUUAAUAAAGUAGAAGAGUAAAAUCAUGCAAUUAAAAAAAAUUGGAAAAUUAAUUGAUAUUGUCUAUAUUUUAUACGCUGCUUAGUACGGAAAACUGGUUCAAUUUACGAAUAUUUUGCCCAGUAGACAGUUAGGCCAAAUUUGGUAGGUGUUUAGCGCCAUUAUUCCGGGCCUGAAUUCCUUACACAGGUUCUUAUACAGUGUCAUGCUUGCAAAGCAGUAUAUUAUAAGUUGUAAAGUAGCCAUAUCCUGCCAAAUGUACCGAAUUAACAUGCAGUGCUAAUGUCAUGUCUUCCAGCGAAGAACUGUGCUGAACUGUACAAAGCUGGAAAACGAUCAAGUGGAGUUUACAAGAUCGACCCAGACGGUACUGGUGUCUUUGACGUGUACUGUGACCAAACAACAGCCGGUGGGGGAUGGACAGUGUUCCAGAAGAGGCUGGAUGGCUCGGUUAAUUUCUACCGCGGCUGGAACGACUACAAAAAAGGGUUCGGAAAUCUGAAUGGCGAGUUUUGGCUCGGACUGGACAAAAUUCACCGCCUGACAAAAACUAAAAGCAAACUUCGAGUGGAUCUCGAGGACUUCAACAGAAACACGGCUUAUGCUGAGUACAGCUACUUUGCUAUAACAGACGAGAGAAGCAAAUAUAAGCUGAGUGUUGGAACUUACUCCGGUAAUUAUAUUACUUACUGGAUUAAAAAUGGAGUUUGGGAUAAAGCUUUAAAAAGGCCCCAGCUAAUGCUUAUGAUUUUGGUGUUUAAGAAAUAAAGACUCACCACAGAGAUACAGCUAGUCCCAGAUAGAGUAAAGUAUGUAAUAAUCACACAGCUAUCACAAAAUUAUAGUAUAGCAAAUUAAUAUAAUAUGGAGCGUUAAGGUGAUUUAAUUACGACCAUGAAACGGAUUCAAUGUUUCCCGCUGUUUUUAAGUCUUUUUAAUGGUUAAAACCAUCGUAAAAUCACAGUUAGGUGGAGAUACAGGCAAGGAAAUAUAAUCGUUUCGUCCAAUGUCAUUUUCUAGGAAAUGCUGGUGACUCGCUAAGUGGUCACAGAGGCUACGCUUUCUCCACUUAUGAUCGAGACAAUGACGGCUGGUCUGGUAACUGUGCUGCACGCUUUAAGGGGGCCUGGUGGUUCACUUCCUGCCAUCCUUCCAACCUGAACGGCCUCUAUCAUCGCGGAAGCCACUCUUCAUUUGCUGAUGGUGUGAACUGGUAUCACUGGAAGGGAUAUAACUACUCCGCUAAACGAGCUGAAAUGAAACUCAAACCAGUCAACUUCUAA